UCUUUGAAGAUGGCAUCGCAGUUCUUCAAGAAAGUGGUUUCAUCGUUAAAGGCAGCAUUCGGCGCAAAUAAGAAAAUAACAAUUACAAAAGAUCAAUUAAAAACAAAUAUCAAAAUACAGGAAGAAAGCCAAGUUGCGAGCCGGGUGCCGCUUGCGCGAUGCUACAGCGGAGAGAUACGAAAGGCCACCAUCAUCCCAGGAGACGGCAUCGGACCUGAAAUAUCCGCUGCUGUCCAGAAAAUAUUUACUGCAGCCAAUGUGCCGAUAGAAUGGGAGUCUGUGGACGUGACACCAGUACGAGGUCCAGACGGGAAGUUCGGUAUCCCACAGGAGGCAAUAGACUCCAUGAACAGAAACAAGGUGGGGCUGAAGGGUCCACUUAUGACACCUGUCGGCAAGGGCCAUCGCUCGCUCAACUUGGCCCUCAGGAAGGAAUUCAACUUGUACGCGAACGUCAGGCCGUGCCGCUCACUGGAGGGCUACCAGACGUUGUACGACGAUGUCGACGUCAUCACAAUCCGAGAGAACACGGAAGGUGAGUACUCUGGCAUCGAGCACGAGAUUGUGGAGGGCGUCGUGCAGAGCAUCAAGCUGAUCACAGAAGAGGCAUCACGGCGUGUCGCAGAGUUCGCUUUCAAGUAUGCACGUGACAACGGGCGUCACAAGGUGACAGCUGUACACAAGGCCAACAUCAUGAGGAUGUCUGAUGGCCUGUUCCUGAGAUGUUGCCGAGAGGCAGCAGAGAAGUUUUCGGAUGUCAAGUUUGAGGAGAAGUACCUGGACACAGUCUGUCUCAACAUGGUACAGGACCCAAGCAAGUAUGACGUUCUAGUUAUGCCCAACCUGUAUGGUGACAUCCUGUCGGACAUGUGCGCUGGACUGAUCGGAGGUUUGGGCCUCACACCUAGCGGCAACAUCGGGAUCAACGGUGCACUCUUUGAGUCGGUACACGGAACCGCUCCUGACAUCGCGGGCAAGGACCUGGCAAAUCCUACUGCGCUGCUUCUCUCUGCAUGUAUGAUGCUGCGCUACAUGGAAUUAAACCAGCACGCCGACAAGAUCCAGAAGGCAUGUCUAGAAACGAUCAAGGAGGGCAAGUACCGGACGGGUGAUCUCGGCGGCAAAGCGAAGUGUUCAGAGUUCACCAACGAGAUUUGCAGCAAGAUCGCAUAAAAGUGUUAAGACACCGUUAGGAAUUACCAUUCGUUAGAGCUCAGUAUUUAUUGUUACAUUUAUUUUGUUGGUUCUAGAAUCGGUGUGCUGUGCAGGUGAAAACUUCUUAUUAACGAUUGUCGUUCACUAUAAAGAACGGGGUAUUUUUUGCAUACUUUCAAAAUUUGAGGUAAAAUGCUAUUAAACGACUCCUUGAACAAAAUAUUAUGAAGGCACAGCACUCGUUUCUGAAUAAUCACACCUCCUUGAGUGAUGCUUGACUGUCAUUGAUUUUAUUGUCUGACAGGGUCAUUUUUUAUUUAUACAUAAUAUUGUUGUAAAUACCUACAGGCCCCUGACUGUUAAUUCUUCCUAUGUUGUUGUUGUAGAUAUCGUAGGGUUUUCUGUUUUUACCUAAAUUAUAAUAAUUAUUUUCUCUUUUGUUACUAUUGUAACAUUUGUUGUUAACAGGUUUCUAUACUGGAACUGCGAUGAUGGUUCCCUUUAAAAAAAAGACAAUCAAAAUUAUCAAGUUUUAAGAAAACAAACAUUGUCAAACAACUCAGACGCCAAAUAUGUGCAUUUUUGGGAUGAGUUUUUUAGUGCUCCAUUUGCACAAAGAAAACUUCACAUUUACAUUGAAAAGGGUACCAUUCAUCUCAGUCUGUAAUACUCCAUACCGAACAUAAUGUAUUGGUGCGUGCUAGUCAGUAUUUAAACUAUUGUAUAGGUUACUAAAUAAACAUUGCACCUGUGCAAUAUUGACAAUAA